AUGUGCCCGUGCACUCCAUCGGCCUCUUCGGCUCCACCCGUCUGUCCUGAUUGCAUUCUGAAAACCCUAGCCGCUAUGGAACCCGAAGCGCAAGCGUUGUUGCUGAUGGCGAACCCGGCGCUGAUGUUGGAUCAUCUCGCCUUGGGACAAUAUCUACUAAAUGAAAUGCCCCAAAUUCAUAAACAGCAGCAAUUGUUGGCUCAACAACAGCAUUUACAACAACUCCAACUUCAACAGAGCCAAUUUCAGCCUCAAACCUCUGCGUUGAAUCGUGAGUUUUAUGUUUUAGAG